AUGGUUAACAGUGCUGUCGCAAACGUUGGACGUUGGUCCGCUUUAGCCUUUGGUCUUUUCUAUGGUUAUACUCACAACAUUUCUUUGCAAAAGCAAGCCGAACAAAAGAAGGUCGAGUCUGAAUAUCAUCGUAAGGAGCUCUUGAUUGAACAAGCUAGACUUGCAUACGCCAAGAAGCAAUCUGGCGUUACUGAAACUCCCGUAAAGACUGUUGAAUUUGACAUUGAGGAUCCCAAGUUUGAUUUAGAGAAAUACAUCGAACAAUAUGAAAAGGAAAACAACUAA